AUGUUGAACGAUUACCAUCCAUUUUCAUUUACUCGCAAGCUCAAAUCCUCAAUCCUCUGUUUCCGUCGCGAUCAUGGCGAUUUCCUCGAAAACGAAGACGAUUCUUCUCCAAGAACCCCUAGAUCGCCGCUCAAAUCAAUGGCCGCAGAGUUCCCGGAGCUUCGAGGAAUGUGCAGGAAUCUCGUCGCUCGGAUCGGCAGGUCUCGCCGCCGGUACCAUCACUCCGCCGAUUUCCGAUACGAUCCUUCUAGCUAUGCGCUUAAUUUCGAGGACGAACAGGUUCGGGAUGAUGAUGAGUUUCCGAUUAGGGAUUUCGCUUCCAGAUUGCCGGCGUCUCCGCCGACUUCCCGGAGACUUUCGCCCGCGAAAUGA